AUGCCACUACAUCCAAAAUCAAGAAGAAGAUCAAGUAGAAUUUCACCACUUCCAGAUGAGGAUUCAUUAUCAUUUAUAAACUCAUCAGUGGAAAACCUUGAUCAAUCACCAUUUGAAAGCAUCGAUGAUCUAGUUGAAGAUGUCAACAAAUAUGAGUUGAAAAGUACCAAUGAUCAACAACAGCAGCAGCAGCAACAACAACAACAGUUGCAACAUAAAUCAUCAUUUACUUCCACACCAAAGGCAUCAUAUAUCCCACCAUGGACCGAACCAUAUAUCAUUGGUAUUGCUGGUAAUUCAGGAUCAGGGAAAACAUCAAUUUCUCAAAAAAUCAUUCAGGAUAUUAAUCAACCAUGGACAGUGUUAUUAUCAUUUGAUAAUUUUUAUCAACCAUUGACCCUGGAAGAAAGUAAACUUGCAUUUGCCAAUAAUUAUGAUUUUGAUUGUCCUGAUUCAUUAGAUUUUGAAUUAUUAGUGGAAACCAUUGGUAAUUUGAAAAAAGGAGGUAAAACUACUAUUCCAGUUUAUUCAUUCACCUCUCAUAAUCGGACUUCAAAAACUAAUACCAUUUAUGGUGCCAAUGUUAUUAUUGUGGAAGGAUUGUAUGCCUUAUAUGAUCAACGAUUAUUAGAUAUGAUGGAUUUGAAAAUAUAUGUCGAUACUGAUUUAGAUAUUUGUUUGGCAAGAAGAUUAACUCGAGAUAUAUUAUAUCGUGGUCGAGAUUUAAGUGGUGCUAUGCAACAAUGGGAAAGAUUUGUUAAACCCAAUGCUGUAAAAUUCAUUAAUCCAACAGUACAAAAUGCUGAUUUAGUAAUUCCUCGAGGAUUAGAUAAUUCAAUUGCUAUAAAUUUAAUGAUUAAACAUAUUAAAAAUCAAUUAACUUUAAAAUCAAGAAAUCAUUUACAACGAUUGAAAAAAUUGGGGGUCGAUAUAAAAUUUGAUAUUGAUAAAUUCAAUAUUAAAUUAUUACAAAACACUAAUCAAGUUAAGGGAAUCAAUUCGAUUUUAUUUAAUAAUUCAACUUCUCGUAAUGAUUUCAUAUUUUAUUUUAAUCGUAUGUGUGGAUUAUUAAUUGAAUUAGCUCAAGAGUAUAUGACCAAUUAUACCAAUGUUGAUAUCGAUACUGGUAAAGGGGUUUAUCAUGGUAAAAAAUUAUUACAAAAUCAAUAUAAUGCUAUUAAUAUAAUUCGUAGUGGAGAUUGCUUUAUGACAUCAAUUAAAAAAUCAUUCCCAGAAAUUUCUAUUGGUAAAUUAUUAAUUCAGAGUGAUUCAACUACGGGGGAACCUCAAUUACAUUUUGAAAGAUUACCUCAUAAAUUAUCUGAUAAAAUUAUGUUAUUUGAUUCACAAAUUAUUAGUGGAGCUGGAGCCAUUAUGGCAAUUCAAGUAUUAUUAGAUCAUCAUGUUAAAGAACAAGAUAUUAUUUUGAUUACUUAUUUAUCUACAGAAAUAGGUAUAAGAAGAAUUGUUAAUGUGUUCCCUAAAGUGAAAAUAGUUGUUGGGAAAUUAUCAAGUGUGGAAGAUUCAAAUUCAAAUAAUAAAGUUUGGUAUAAUAAUGAAGGAUUUUUGGAUAGUCAUUGGCAUUUCAGAAAUAGAUUUAUAGAUAGUCUAUAUUUUGGCACAGAAUAA